AUGUUCAAAGCCCUGAUGGGCGGGGGCCGCUCGUCGUCCUCAUCCGACGUUCGCAGCAGUUCCAAGAGCAGCCGGCGCAAGUACGAAAAAGAUAAGUCCGACACAAGAUCAAUCUCAAGUCGCAAGUCCUCACGGGGUGACGACCGUGACCGCGGCCUGGGUGAUUUGUCGUCUUAUCCGCCGUCGGCUUCCCGCAGUAAGCGUGGCCCACCUAGUAUCGCAGGCGAGUCCAUCGCAUCAACCUAUGUGACCGCUGAGCCAGAACCCAUUGAUGAUUCCGAUCGCUACUACAUUGAACGCACAUCGAAACGCAGAGACAGUGAACGGGAAAGCAAGAGUUCUCGUCGGCGCGACCUGGACCGAUCCGAAAGCCCAGAGCGUGAGAAGCGAAGGAGCCGUCGGGGAACACAGGACACUAUGGACGAUGACUUGAAUCGGGAGCGCGACCGUGGCGAGCGUUCUCGCGCCCAGCCAGGGGAUCCGUAUGUGCCCCCGAUUUCCACGGGCAUACCGUCUAGCGCCACCGGCGCGCAUUUUGCCGCCGAAAUUGGCGCCCCGGGAUUCUCGCAAUUCCCCAUGCAAUACGAUAACGGGACACCAUCCGGAGGCCAUCCGCCAGCGCAUGAAAUUCUGUAUGAUUCGCAUGUGCAGCACCAAUUUCCCGGACAGUUUCCAGAGCAAAGUGCUGCCCCGUAUCCCCCACCCAACCCCGCCGGCGCUGCGGCGGACUAUUAUGGUGACCAAGGCCAGUCUGUUGAGCACCAGCCCGGUAUUCGGCCGGCUCCCCCAAGUGUGCUUCCUAACACCCAAGCACACUUGAUGGCAGCAUCUCCAUCGGCUAACCCACCGCCAGAGCCUAGUAGUCUGGGCGAGACUGGUGCGGCGGCGGCCUAUUUCGACGAUAAUUUCCAUGCUCCGACGCAGCCAGGCCAGCCACCGGUAUUGCCUUCAUCUGGACCCCCGCAACAGUCUAUGCCCCCGAAGCCUUCGUCGUCAGGCAUUCUUCCUGCUGCCGCUGUUGGAGCUGCCACGUAUGGUAUUGGGAGUAUGAUGUCCCACUCUGAGUCGUAUUCAUUUGCGGAGCACACUACUUCGUACGGUCAGCAAGGUCAGCAAAUGGUUCACGGCCAGCCAAUUCCACCCAACCAGCCAAUGCAAUACAAUCAGCCCGUGGCAAGCGGUGGCAAUAAUUCUCCCCCCAAGCCGUCCCAUUCCCAUAGCUUUAGUGAAGGUGUCGGUAUUGCGGCUGCAGGUGCUGCAACAGGGUACAUGAUGGGUCAUCACCAUCACUCCUCCAGCCCCGAGCACGGACCACAAUAUGCCCUCCAGCACAACGGGCCAGCUUCUCAAGUUGGUGGUAUGCUACCGUAUGCCCCUGGUAACAAUAAUGCUAUAUAUGCUGCAGGUGCAGGUGGAUACGCUGUUAAUGCUGCCCACAACCCGGGUUUCUAUCCCCAUGGACCCAGCGCGCUAGCUUUUCAAGAGCGUCAGCGCGGCCCCAUGGGAAGAUUUGUUGAUUUCUGGCGUGACCCCGAGGCUGUUGGAAGAUUCGAGGACUACACGGAAUCUAUCGGUGUGUGCAAAUACUGUUUCCAACCUGGCACAACCUCCGCCGAUGCGCCUCGCAAGCACCAUUAUCACAGCCGCCGCCGACAAUCCCCCGAUCGGCGAAGCAGUGGUAGCUCUAGAAUCAGCAAAAAUAGUCGAUAUAACUCUUCCGAAGAUGAGAGCCGCCGACGGCCAAAGUCUAAGAAAUCUUCCUCGUGGCUAAAUGGCGCGCUAGCCGCUUAUGCGACCAAGUCACUCUUCUCGAACAAGGAGUUUGACGAUUCUUACAGCCUUCGUUCCGGACGAGUGAACUCCUCCCAUGAGGAGGAAGAAGACCGGAAGAGCCAUACUUCUCGUGGUGUGACCCGCCGUUCUGGCCGCAGUCCCCAAAGAGACCAUUAUGCAGAUUCAAAGUAUGCAUCCCAAUCUGGAAAUUCUCGACACACACGUUCCAGAUCGCGAUCUUCCUCUCAAUCUGGCCGGCAUUCGUAUCUGAAGGAGGCCGCAAUUGGUGCCGCGGUGGGUGGGGCUGCGCUGGCUGUAGCGAAGUCGCGCAAUCGCUCCCGCAGUCGUUCGCCUGGAAGACGACAUCGCCGAAAGGAUUCGUCCUCGUCCUCAUCCUUUGUCAAUAUCCCCAAGCCUGGCAAGAAGUCUAUCGCUGGUGGUAUCGGGUCUUUCUUCACCGCUGCUUCUGAGAACAAGAAGAAGCGUCAUACCAAGAAGCGCAGUGGUUUCUUCUCUUUCAAGAGUGGCUCUUCAUCAUCUUCAUUGGACAACGAUCUUGCCUUUGGGGAUGGGUUCUCGAAGAAGUACUCUAAGUCCAAGAAGAAGGGAAAGAAGGGUAAAGAUGUUGAUGCGGCGUUGCUGGAACUAAGCGACACGGCAACCCGUUUGGCUGGCUCGUCACCACAUGGUCACGGGCGCAGCGCAGGCCAGAUGUACACAGCUCGAUCUCGACAUUCCAACUAUGCCCAAUCUACCACACAGGACGAAGAAUGGGUCGAUGAGUCAGAGGACCAGUCUUCUUCAAGUGUAAGCUCUGCACUCGCCUUCGGAGGAAGCAGCGUUGAGUCUUCCUCCGACUCCGCCAGCAGCAAAUGGGGCUGGAGAUGGGGAAGCAAGAAAGACAAAAAGAAGCAAAGGAAGGAGGACAAGCGGUCGAGUGCUACAAAUGCCGCUCUCAUGGCUGGCGCUGGCGCUAUUGGAGCCGCUGCAAUUUCUUCUGCUCGUCGUGAUAGCGAGCCCCAAAGUAGCUCCGGGAGCCUGCAGCACGUUUACCCAAUGCCUACUUCUGAUCCCUCUCGCUUUGAUGUUGCAAAGAUGUCCCCAUCUGUAUCUGCCGGGGAACCAACUCUCAUCCGCCCAGGACCCAUUCCCCUUCAGCAGCCUCAGCCUUUCACCCCCGUCUCUCAAUCAGUGUACACUACCCAGGGGCCUGUUCCGGGAUCGAUCCCCGUGUACAGUGCCCGGGCAGCUCCACCCAUCUUCGCCAGUGGGGCUGAACAAUAUGAUCCGCGGUUCCAAGGCUCUCGUGAUGCAGCAUGGGCACCAGAAGGAUCAACAUAUGCCGACCGCCGGAAGCCUCGACGCAGUGAUUCCUCUCCCGUUUUCCCCACCCAGGAAACUGCUUCCAAUCUUAGGCGCCGGUUCACCACAAAGGAUCAAGCCUCCGUGCAAUUUGACUUGACAGAAGAGCAAGCAGAGAGAGAACGUCACCUUUCUCGCCGUGACAAUAACUACCGGGAUGAAUUUGCUAAUCAACCGGUUCAACUGAUUGACCGGGAGGAAGAGGCGGCCCAACAGGAAGCUGAGCGCCGAGAGCGCCGCAGAAAGGAGCGAGAGGAUGAUGAGCGCCGGUAUGCCGACGACAGAAGAAAUGACUCCUCAUCCUGGGUUGGUGUAGCGGCUGCCGGAGCUGUUGGCGUUGCUGCUGCCAGCACUUUAGUCUCUCACAAGACAGACGAUGAUGAAGCCUCCGAAGCUAGCCAGCGAUAUAAUGAGAGCCGAGAGAAACGUCGGGCUGAGCGGAAGCGCAAUAUGGAUGCAUUGGCGGAUACUUCGACUGUGUCGCGCUUCAAGCCCACUCAGCCUAUCGAUGAAGUGACCACGGUGGAACAUCGCGAAGACCAGAAGAAAGCGUCUCCUCGAUCUCCCCGCCCAGCAAAUGUUUAUGACAAUUACGCAGAAUUUUAUGCCCCUGAGGAGAUACGACACCAUUCAGAUGACAAUUCUCGCAACCGUAGCCCCACUAAUAUGCCAACAAUUGUGGAGGUAGAGCCACGUACACAUGAGGAGUCUGCACCGAAAGAGCCAGAGACAGAGCCAGAUUAUACAUACGAGCCCUAUCAAAACGUGGACCGGCUCCCGUGGCCAGUUCCUGCGCUGAACUUCAUUGAGCCAACUCCUCCCCAGAGCGUGAACGGUGGUUCUGUUCGCGACGCUACCUCCCCAACCGCCCCUGUAAAUAAAUCUUAUGAUACCCAGCCUCGCGAACAACCGACCGGCUCCCGCGUCUCCUGGGGCGAACACGAGACCCACGAAUACGAGAUCCUAUCUUCUUCUGAACAGGAUCCUCUCGAGCAUGAUAUUUCCCCUAUCGAAAUUUCACCCGCUGAUGUUCCUCUCCCAGCAUCCGAAAUAUCCCAAGCCAAGGAUAUCUCUGGCAAUUCGGAUUACGGUACUGACAUUGAAUUCGCCGCUACAAUCGCUGCUGCGACGGCCGCAGCUGGGUUCGACCCCACUCUGAUCACAGACAACCCAUCCUACCACACCCGCACUUCCCCUCCUGGAUCGGAGGAUGAACACACAUUUACCUCGCCGUGGUCUGUAUCGGCUCGGAAGGAGCCCCACGGCUUUGUCGAGGGCGAGGUUGAAGAAGUUGAUCCCAAGUCUACUAAGGAUACCACCGCCGCUCCCGGGCAUGCGGUGCAGGACAAGGAUGAACUUUUCUUCGCCGAGCCGGAAUCCUUCUCAAGCAAUCGGGAUAUCGCCUCGGGACGCCUUGACAGUCCCUCUAUUGCACAGGAGGUUAUCGAGCAACUGAAUGGCAAAUAUGGCAAGCGCGAUCGUACUGCUUCGCCUGAAAAAGAGAUAGAUGUCUUCUCGAUGCCUGGCGGCUUUGAUACAGCCGAUUCUAGGGACUUGAUUGACAAGAGAUCCGUGGUCUCAGCGCCGGCGCCUGUUGCUACGGACCCAGAGACCGCGACCAAGUGGAGACGGGGCGGCGAUGUUUCCGAUCUUCCCGAGUUCCAAGAGCAGGGACUUGUUGAGUCUCCUAGUUUGGAAGAUGAGACAUCGAAGCCCCGUAAGUCCCGGCGCAGCGGCGACGACUUUGAGAUUUACGAGUCACCUGAGGCAUCUCCAUCUCGGGAUGACUCUUAUUCUGUCAUCUCUGCUCCUGUUUCGAAGGAUGAAACAUUCAAGUCCAAAUCCAGGAAAUCCAGGGGUGGAGAUGACUUCGGCUUUGCUGAAUACCCAGCGUCAGUUGUUCCAGAGUCUCGUUAUGAUUCUUUCUCUAUUAUAUCUGCUCCUGUUUCGAAGGAUGAGACCUCCAGGUCCAAGUCCCGCAAAUCUCGACGGAGCGGCGACGACUUCGAGAUCUACGAAUCACGCGAACCAUCUGAAUCUCGGGAUGACACCCGCUCGAUUAUCUCUACUCCUGCGGGCAAUGAGUACGAGCUAUCGAAGCCAAGGAAAUCGGGACGUAAUGGGGAUGACUACGAUAUCCCCAUAUCGCGAGAGAUCUCCGAAUCUCACGACGAUAACCGGUCUGUUUUCUCUGCACCUGUCUCGAAAGAUGAGACCAGCAAAUCUCGCCGGUCUCGACGCAGCGGAGAUGACUUUAAUAUAUCCGCUUCGCGGGAUGUGUCUGGGUCUCGUGACGACCCUCGUUCUGUCGUCUCCGAAUCAGCUAAGUCACGCCGCAGUGGUGAUCAUUUCGAUCCACGUCGUGAUGUUGAAGCUGCCCCCGACGACGUGGAAGGUGGCGAGGAGAAGAAAAGACGUCGCAAGCGUCGAUCAAAGCAUGAAAGCGACACCAUCCCUCUUGAUGACGAUGCUCGCUCCGCUAUUACGGACAUUGGGGAUGAGAAGUCUGAGCGCCGCAAGCAUCGCCACCGCUCAUCCCGGGAAGCCGACUUUGAUGAUAAUGCCUCUAUAACCUCUUCUCCAGCUCGGAUUGACGAAUCCCGGGAGAAGCGCCGAGGCAAAGAUGAAAAAGAAAAGAGUGGUGGCUUUUUGAGGAGUAUUUUCGGUUCGCAGGUAUCGGCUCCAGCUGAGCGAGUUCGGUCUGACCGAUCUCGCUCUUCCUCACUGGACAAGCGAUCAUCCCGCGAAGCCAUAUCUGAAGCUGGUGUGGACGAUGAACGUCGUCGCCAUAAGAAGCGUUCUUCUAAGCACCGCAGCUCUAGCAAUGGAGAUGACUUGGAUCGCUACGUGUCAGACAAGGAGAAGGGUACUCAGGAUGACACAAAUCUGGAGGAGUACAGGUCCAGCAGACAGCAAAAGGAAGAGCGGCGUCGGCAUCGGUACGAGGAAAUCGUGGAUUCGGGAAGGAAACGGGAAUCUGAGAAGGACGAACAUAGUGACAAUUUCGACGAAUCUUUUUUAAAGAGGGACCCUGAAAUUCUAGCGGCUGAUCGCGAGGAUCACGGUGCUUUGUGGCUUCCACCCGUUUUCGCUGCAGCAUCAGGACUGAAUGAGAUUGCGCAAAGACCCCGGAGUCACUCCACAUCUCCCCCAGCCACAGAGAAGACCCUUGACCUGACCCCGAAGUCUCUGAGCCGCCCCGCUUCACCUGAAACAAGCCACCCACAGGGGUCCCGAUCCCCCAAGCAACGCCGACACUCCGUGGCCAAGUACAUCAACGAAUCACCUACAGCCGUGCCUCUCCACUUCCGCCGGCCCCCAACUUCCCCAGGUCUCACGCGCGCAGUCCCUAUUGAACAGCCUGCCGCCAUCACUUCACCAGGCUCCCCAAGCCAGCAACGCCGCCGGCCCGGGUCAAGCGAGUUCCGAAACUCGCGCGAGAUCCGCCCUCUAUUCCUCGUCGAGCGCCACAGUUUAAUCAAGGGCGAGCCUAAGAUCGAGGAGCCCUUGCCGUCGCUCCCGUCAAGCAAGAGCUCCUCCCGCAUCCAGUCAGUAGAGGACCUAAGAUCCCUCCACGACGACGAUGGCCUCAAGAGCUGGGAGCAUGUGGACCUGAGCCGCUCAAUAAUGGACAACCAGCGGCCGGUCGGUCUGAUGAUUUCAACUGACCAAGCUAACCAUGAUAGAGACCUUGAUCUCCUCGGCUCGCAGCAGACCACGCCUACCGCUGGACACUUCCAUGACGCAAGGAAGGAGAGGCCCAGAUAUGAAUUCCAUUCACCAUCUGAGCUCCUGCAGGACCCCGCUGUUCUGGACGAGUUGCCUCCUUCACCUACGCUGGCCGCUCUGCCUUCCGCAGAAGGCUCCAUGGUUGGUGUUGGCACUAGGGAGCAAGAAACGCAGCGUGCGCUUGACGCUCUUGAGGGCGUGUCCCGUCCACGGACUGAGCCGGAAACCCCGACUCAAGAAAAAGAUUCGUUCUUUAGCGGCGCUGUGGACUUCGCCAAGGGUGCUGGCUUUGCCGGUGUUGUCGGUGCAGCUGCCAUUACCGCUGUCAAGGAGCAUGAUAAGUCUCACUCCUUGCCUGCAGACGAACCCACGAAUGCCCGUGGCUUCAGUGAUUUUGUCGAUGCAGCCGUUGCCGCUGAAGACUCCUCUCACGACCAUGACGAGGCCCCCGUCGUUGACGAGGCAUCUAGUGAGCCCGUUACUGCCAUCGAAGAGAAUGUUCCCGCUGCACUGGAAUCUGUGCACCCGGAGACUGACUCAGCCAAGGAAUUUGUUCCUGAAUCUACCAAACAGCCUGUUGAGUCUUCUGAUGCUCAACCUGAGCCCGAGACAGAUGUUGCUCCCGAUGAGGGCUCGGCUACCCAGUCUUCUAAAAAGGAAAAUGAGAAGAACGGCAAGAAGAGCGAGGGUCAGAAUGCGGAUUUGGAAACCCCAGAGGAACCGCUCGCGCAGGAAGAUUUGUCCAAGGAGUUGGUGCAGGACACUGCUGCCGAGGUGCCUGUGGCUGAAGCUAUUUCUGCUGACCCUGAGGUUGCUGUUCCUGAGAAAUUCGAGGCUGAGGCUGUUGAGUCAUCCCGUGAGGUUGCACCUGAGCUCAAGGUUGAUGAGCCUGUUGCUGAAGCUACUCCUGUUGAGUCCGCACCUAUCGAGAGCGCACCUAUUGACCCUGAGGUUGCUGUUCCUGCGCAAUCAGAGAGUGAGUCCAUCGAGGCCUCUCGCGAGCUUGAGCCUUUGGUUGCAGCAACUCAACAACCAGAAGUUGUCACCGCUCCCGAACUCGAGUCUACUCAGGUGACGCCUACCGAAACUGAAAAGGAUGAGGACACUGCAUCAUCGACUAAGAAGGCUAAGCGCGACAAGAAGAAGCAGAAGAGGAAGUCUAAAAACGCAUCUACUACUGAAGAGCCUGCAGAUGAUACUCCUGCCUCCAAGGAGAUUGAGGGCCAACAAGAAGACAAAGCACCUGAGCCUACCGAAGAGAUUGUGGUUGCGCCCUUGCCCGAAGAUAUUGCUACUUCCUCCGAAGUGCCUGAGAACAUCUCUGACCAGGCUGCGAUUUCAUCUGCUGCAAUCGAUGCAGAGCAAGCUCAAAAUCAGAAGGAAGCCGGAGAGCUGGUUGAGCCCAUGGAGCAGGUAUCGGCCGAAGAAUCUGUUUUACCUGUUUCCGCAGAUCCCAGUCUGUCCAUUGAGGAAGAGCAAAUCCCGGAUCCUGUUUUCACCGACGCCAAUGAAACCCAAAUUCCCGAUGCCACUCAAACAGAAGCGGAGCAAGUAUCUCGCAGCUUGGAAGAUACUGCGAAGCCAACUGAAGACCCUACUCCAGAGGCCUCCCUCGAGCACACCACCCCUAAAAGUCCUGACACACCCAAAGAAGACACCGAAGGUGAAGACAACUUCGAAGAGGCUGUUGAAGAACAGAUUCCACAGCCCACCGAAGAAAAAGAGCCUGAAUCGGAGCCUCCCAUCGAAGUGGCUGCAGAUUCCUCCGCAGAGGCUUCGGAAACCAAGGCGGAGAAGCGAAAAAACAAAAAGAAGAAGAAUCGUAAAUCCGCUGCCAUCGAAGAGAAUCAAACUUCCGCUGAAACGCCCUCUCCCGAGACUGAAUCUCAGUCAGAAAUUCAACAGCUCGAACUUGAGCAAUCACCUGCUGCCGAACCUGCAGAUACCCAAUCCCCUCCAAUUGGCGGUGAAGCCUUACCUUCUGAUCCUGAAAAUCUUGACCAGCCCGCCAAGGAUGUUGAGCAAUCCUUCGAAAACACCGUCGAGAAGCCUGCACCUACCCAGGAGCAGGAGCAAAUCCCAUUGGAGACCGCUGUGGAGGCUACAACACAUGUCGUGACCGAAUCAGUGGGCCCCGCGGGGCCAUCCGAUGAACUGUCAGAGCCAGCUGUCAUUGAUGCCCAGCCUAGCGUUGAAUUCCCAGACUCCGUUGAGACUUCUCGCGGAAUUUCCGAGCCUUUUACUGUUGAGACUCAACCCGAAGCUGAAGCCGAAGCUCCAGCUGAACCUAGACUUGAAGUUGAAACCGAGCCCGAAGUCCCCUUGACUGCGGCUCAGAAGAAGAAGGCUAAGAAGAAUAAGAAGAAGGGCAAUCAGAGUCAAUCUUCCAUUCCGGACGAAGAGAAGCCUACAGAGUCUACCUCACCGGCACCUGAAAUCGAAACUGCCGCUGAGGAUAUAGCCAAGGAAACACCUCUUGUCAUCGAAGACGUACCGGUGGAUGCGCCUCAAGAGAGUGAGAUGAAACUGCCCAUCGAGGUCGAAAAAGUACUUCAGCCCGAGCAAAUUCCCGAGCCCGAGCAAAUUUCCGAGAUUGUACCGCUCCAGGAAGAAGCUUCUCCUACAUCUCUUCCGGAGACAACGGCACAGACAACCGAGGCAGAGAUACCUAGAGAAGAGCCGACCGCAUCAGAGGAGCAGCCCAAAGCCGAAGAAUCUCCGGCCGAGCCAGAGGUCCCUAUGACCGCCGCGGAGAAGAAGAAGGCCAAGAAGGCGAAAAAGAAGCAGCAGAAGGCGCAGGAAGAAAGCAUUAGUUCUAAUACCGAAGAUGCAAAGCCCGUUGAUACCGCGCCUGCGGCCGAUACCGAAUCCGCUGAGCCAAGCAAGGAUAUUGCGCCUGCCGUGGAAAUUGAUAAUCUUGCUCCAACCGACGUCUCUGCGCCAGUGUCUUCCGAGCUUGCUGAUAAUGAACAAGGUGCUGCGCCUGCAUCUACAAACGAGCCUGAGACGGCUCCACCCACUGAAGAUACUCUUCUGCUAAUCGAUACUGAGACUAUCGAGCUAACCAAAGACAUCGAGCCUCCCGCUGCGGCCGAGCCCCCGGUAGAAGACGCUGCCCCAUCAUCUGGGGUCGAGGCAACCGAAGCUAUCGCUGAUCUUCCACUUGUAUCAGAAGAAGCCACCGAUCCUGUCGACAUGCCUAAGGAUGUUGACCAACAGGACGAUGUCUUGAAGGCAGAGGAGCCGAAGAGCGAGGUUGUGACACCAGUGCUUACUGAAGAACCCUCGGUUGAUGCUGCAGAGGCUGAUGUCCCCAAAGCACAUGAAAAAUCCUCCGAAUCCGAGGUCACAAUGACUGCUGCUGAGAGGAAGAAGGCCAAGAAAAACAAGAAGAAGCAGCAGAAGCAAGAGUCUGUGCAGCUUGAUGAGCAGCCCACGCUUGAGGUCGAGCCUACUUCUACUGAGGAAAAGAGUGUCGAACAAUCUGGUGACAUUUUGCCCGAUAGUGAGGCUACUCCUACCGGAGAAGCCAUUGCGGGUGUUGAUGAGUCCGCAGAGCCUGAGGCGGCCCGUGGUCUUGACGCUGAGACCAAGACCGAAGAGGCACAAGCUCCGGAUGUGCCAAAUCUCGACUCAGAACUUGCCCCGGAGGCACCUGCAGAUGAGGCCAUCCCCACCCCAGAGAUUACUGAAAACGUUGUUGAUGUUCAAGAUGAGGACAAGGAAACCGCCCCAGAGCCGCCGACGGUUGAAGUUGUUUCCACAGAAACCCCCAAGGAAGAACAAAAGCUUGAUUCAGCUAUCAGCGAGGAGCCUGCCUUAGACAAACUCCUCGACGACAAGCCAACAGAGUCUGCAUCAGAGCCAGCUGUGGAGGAGACUCAAUCUACGAAAUCCACAGAAAGUCCAGUGGUGGAGCAGGCUGAAGAUGAACAGUCGGCAACUUCUUCCAAGUCAAAGAAAAAGAAGAACAAGAAGAAGCGCCAAUCAGUUGCCACUGAAGGAGAGCAACCUGCAUCCGCUGAGGAGGCGUCCAAGGCCGUAUCCGCUGAGGAAGAGGUUAAGCUUGCACCUACGGAAAAGGAAUCCACACCUCUGCCCACGGAAGGUGAAUCUACUGAGCCCGCACCAUCUCAAGAGCCUGAACAGCUUUCUCCCGAGAAAGAUGCGGAGACUACUACUGUGGCCGAAGAGCCAUCCACGGAAAGUAUCAUGCAGGCCGAUGCACCUGCUGAUGCAGCCGCCACCGAGGCCGCCGAAGAGGCAACAAUGACUCCUGCUCAGAAGCGGAAAGCUAAGAAAGACAAGAAGAAGCGCCAAUCGGUUGCCGCUGGGGAGGAGCAGCCUACAUCCGCUGAGGAUGAGCCCAAGGCCGUUCCCGCCGAGGAAGACGUUCAGCUAAUACCUGCCGAAGAGGAAUAUACAGCUGUACCUGCCGAGGGCGAAUCCACCGAGCCCGUGCCAUCUCAAGAGCCUGAACAGCUUUCUCCCGAGAAAGAUGCGGAGACUACUACUGUGGCCGAAGAGCCCUCCCCGGAAGAUAUCACACAGGUGGAACCUCCUACUGAUGCAGACGCCGCCGAGGCUGCCACUGAAACCGCGGAAGAGGCAUCAAUGACUCCUGCUCAGAAGCGGAAGGCUAAGAAAGAUAAGAAGAAGCGCCAGUCAGUUGUUGCUGAAGAGGAGCAGUCUACACCCGUUGAGGAGGAGGAGGCUAAGCUUGUGCCUGCCGAAGAGGAGCCUACACCUGUCCCCGAAUCCACAGAACCUGCGCUAUCUCGCGAGCUUGAACAACAUUCUCUCGAUAAAGAUGCAGAGACUCCUACUGUGAUGGAAGAAACACCUAUGGCUGAAGAGCACUCUCUGGAAGAGACUGCGCAGCCAGAGGCCUCUGCCGAUGCCGCCGUUGCCGAGGCCGCUGAAGAGGCGUCAAUGACUCCUGCUCAGAAGCGGAAGGCCAGGAAAGACAAGAAAAAGCGCCAAUCAGUUGUUGCUGACGAGGAACAAUAUGUGCCUGUUGAGGAAUCUAAGCCCGAACCAGCUGAGGAAGAGGUUACACCUGCACCAGCUGAAGAGCAUUCUACGCCUGAACCUGUCCAGGUAGAGCCCACUGAGCCUAUGUCAACUCAGGAUAACGAACAUCCCACUGCCGAAAAAGAUGCGCAGACUCCAAUUACGAUAGAAGAAGGGUCCAAUGUUGAGGAGCCCUCUCCGGAAGAGACCACGCAGUCAGAGGCUCCUGCCGAUGCAGCCCCUGCCAUCGCAGCCGAGACCGAUGGAGAGGUAUCGAUGACCCCUGCCCAGAAGCGGAAGGCGAAGAAAGACAAGAAAAAGCGCCAAUCAGUUCUCGCCGAAGAAGAACAGCCUGUGCCUGUUGAGGAGCCAACUGAGCCCGAGUCGACCCAGGAAACCGAACAGCCCUUGAUCGAGAAAGAUACGCAGACUCCUGAGAUGACAGAAGAGGCGCCUAAUGCCGAAGAACCUUCGCUUGAGGAGGUCACACAAGAGGAUGCCCCUGCUGAUGCAUCUGCUACCGAGGCCGUUUCGGAGGAGGCAAUGACCCCCGCCCAGAAAAAGAAGGCAAAGAAAGACAAGAAAAAGCAACGCAAGUCUGUCGCUUUUGAUGACGAUGCUAUCCCGUCUGAAGAGCUGAAGUCAGAGCAGGAUUCAUCUGCACUUGAAGAUAAGGCUGAAUCCCAGGAUGCUCCUACCGACUUAGUUAUCUCCGAAGAAUCAGCCAAGGAGUUGCCAGUGACCGAAGAAGUCGCCGAGCCUGCUGGAUCGGAAGUCCCAGAGAAGACCGAAGAACUCACUUCCUUUGAACAAAGCAAAGAGAUCACCGAGCAGGAACCGGUCUCAACCGCUGAGAUUGAUGCCCUCAUUCCUGCUGAAGUCGAGGAGCCAAAUUCCUCAGCAGAGUUGCCAGAGCAGCCGGAACAAGAUGCACAGACUCCCUCAGAGCCCCAGUCACCCAGUGCACAGGAGCCUGAAGUUGUCUUGACUGCGGCGCAGAAGAAGAAGGCAAAGAAGAACAAAAAGAAGGGCAAGUCUGUGGACUUGGCCGACAACGCCCCUGCUGCCACAGAUACAGCGCAGGAAUCUGAGUCCAAAUCUGAGCCCAUUGCUCAAACUUCCACCGAUACUCUAGCUGAGACCCCAGAAUUGCAAGAAACACUUGCCUCUGAGCCAACACAGCCCGCAGAAGCUCCGGAGCAAGAAAACACGACCGAGGCUGCCAAGGCGGAGGAACUCGAGACAACAGAGAAGGUAUCCGACGAUAUGCCGAAAGAGGAAACUCCUGACCUCAAGGAGACCACCAACGAACCUGUGGCUGCUGAAGUGACUGUUGACGCUGAGCCAACGCCCUCCCAGGAGACAGAGGCAGUUGUUCCUUCUCUCACAGAGCCGAUCGAAGAAGAAGCUGGCAUGUCAGCUAAGGAGCGACGCAAAGCUGCCAAGAAAGCGAAGAAACGCCAAUCUAAGAAUGUCGACGCCGAUAACGACGCUGCAACCUCCGAUUCGCCUUCUGCCCCGGUAACCGAACCUGCUUCACCCAUUGAUGCGGCCAACAGCGUCGAAAACGUCCUCACCUCGACGGACACAGACGUCCCUGGACUUUCAGCCGUACCGGCAUCCUCGCCUGCGGAACAUGACGGUAAAGAACAUCAGUCCCACGCCAUAGAAACUUACGACGCCACGGCGCAAGAUACGGCCUCGACUGAUAAAUACAUGUCUUCGCAGAUAGAGCAGACCCCGAUAGAGAAUCCUUUUUUAGAAUAUCCUCCCCAACCCGUGCUUGAGCGUUCAGUUGAUUCCGGCGAGUUGGUGGAGGUAAAUACUCAGCAGGAGGGUGAUGUUGCCCCUACUGCACAAGAGCGAGAGGGGGAGUUGGCUGAGCCUGCACCCCUUGAGGAAAUCAAACCAGUUGAUCAUGGAGAGAAUGUUGAGGAGAAAUUGUCUGUGCCGGAAGCGGACGAUCUCUCCAUGGAGAAGGAGAUUGAAGAGACGCCUGUGGAUGUUCCAAUUGAUGUUGUCCCUGAGGCACAGACACAAGAAUCUCAUGUGGAAGAGGAGACUUCUGAGGCUGUCUCGAAGAAGCAAAAGAAGAAGAAAAACAAACACAAAAACAAAAACAAAGAAGAGGAGGAGGAGGAAGCUGCAGUACCUGAGCCUGAAACCUCUACUACAGAGGACAAGGAGCAGUCUGAAGCUAUGUCUUUAGUCGAGCCCCAGCCGGGGGUAAAUGAAACCACUGAGUCCGAGCCUAUUGCUGAGGUCGAAUCAGUGCCAGUUCUAGAGGAGCAGCCGGGAGAUCACCCACAGGAUAUUGAAGAGAGUGCCGCUAUCUAUACCACUGAGGACAUUGAUAGAGCCAAGGAGAUCAGUGUCCCAGAAGCCGCGGCUAAUGCUCCUCUUACUCAAGAAUUAGAAGCUGCCGCUGUCGAGUCGACUGAGGACACUGAAGCCGUUGCUCCUGCUACUGAAGAGUUGGAAGCGGCCACUGUUCCAAAGAAAAAGAGCAAGAAGGACAAGAAGAAGCAACGCCAAUCGAUUCUUGCUCAAGAACCCGAAGUUGAACCCAAGCCUGAGGAACAGCCAGCACCCGAGACAGUUGAAACUCCUGUCCAAGAGGCUGAGAUUGCAACAGAGUCAGCGCCCGCCGAAAUUACCACGCAAGAUGACACUAUCACUAGCGCAGAGGAGCCUACAGCGCAGCCUAUUGAGGCCGCCGAGGAGGCCGCCAAAGAUAUUGUAACGCCUUCUGAAGACACCGAACAGCAUGUUCCAAGCCAAGAAAUCGAAAGCGGAGAGCGUUCUCUUGAACUUCCUUCCACUGAACUGAAGAUCGAGGAAGGAGACAAGCCGGCCGAGGAAGCUGCCGAGACUGUGACAGAGGUUCUAGAUGACCAGCAAUCUAGUGAGCAAGCCCCAGCUGAACCUGCGGCUGAGCUCGAAGCGGAUUUGGCGGUUGUCCCCAAGAAGCUGAGCAAGAAAGAGAGGAAGAAGGCCGCUGCCGCUGCCGCUGCUGCUGCUGCUGCUGCUGCCCUUCUCGAGGAAGAAAAGGUCGUCGAGCCACGACUUGAACUGGAGGAGCCUUCGACUGUCACUCCUCAAGUUCUAGAGGAAGCGGUAGAGCAACCUAUCGUUCAAGGGCCGCAGCCUGAGGCAGAAAGAACUCUGGACGAACCAAUAGAAUUGACAGCUUCCAAGCUGAAAGAAGACGUCCUGGAAGAGUCUAUUGAGGCACCCAAGUCUAUCGAGCCUCUCAAAUUAGAGGACAACCCGGAGGAGUCUAUAAAAGAGCUAGCCGAAGACUCAGCUGCGGCCGAUACUAUCACUCGGAAAAGGUCAAAGAAGGACAAGAAGAAGGCCAAGAAGCAAGACAAGCAAGAAGUAAUUGAGCCGGUUUCCCCUACGACCGAGGAUCAUGUUCCUACCAUCGAGCCUACAACUGCAGAGGCUGCUUCUGAACCAGAGGCAGUUAUUGAGCUUCCAACGGAGCUUGCGCCUACCGCUGAGUCCGCAACUACGGAGGCUGUUAUCGAACCGGAGGCGACGCUUGAAGUACCCCCGACUGAGACUGCUCCUGAGCCUGAGUCCUUUCCCCCGGAAGAAAUCCAGGAGGUUCCCAAACCCGAGCCUGAAAUCAUCGUAUCGGAAGACAAGCAACUUUCAGAAAGCCAGAAAGAUGAAGCAAUCGUCUCUCUGGAUACACUCGAUACGCCCUCACAUGUGGGGCUCACUGACCAAAAUACCAACAAUGAGCCCUUUAAACUCGAGGGUCCUGCUGAAAAGAGCGUCCACGAAGAUGAAGCUCACGUCGGGGCUGAUACACAAGAUCUUGGGAAAACAGCUGAUCGCGAGGUCUUUGAGGGCCUGGUUGAGGAUCAACCUCGAGAACUUGAAGUGAUGCCAGCUCUGUCCAAGAAGAUGUCAAAGAAGGACAAGCGCAAGGCUAAGGAGAAUGCCGACGCUACAGAAAAAGAUUUGACUCAACAAGAAGAGCCCAAGACUGAUGUGGCUGAGUUGCCCACAGAACCUGAGACCCUGCCGACAGAGACUGCCGGGGAGCAAGAAUAUGUUGCAGAAGCUCAACCUACAUUGGAGCGAGAGCUGCCAAUUGAGACCCCCCUUCCAAUGGGAGACCAGCCUAUACCCGAGCCAGAAGUUCAGGUUGAGCCUACGCAACCCGAUGAAGAGCCUGUCGUCAGCGAGGAACUUGCUCUUUCUCGCAAGGCCUCGAAGAAGAAGGCCAAGAAGGCUCAAAAGGCCGUCAAAUCCCUGGAUACUGAGUCAUCGACUGAGAAGGCGAUCGAAACGGACCAGCAUGUUACUAUUGUGCCUUUCGAACAGCACCAAUCCAAGGCAGAGGAUUCAGAAGCGUCAGAAGCAAAGUCAGCCAAUGACGAAGACUGGCCCGUAAUCGACUGGCAGGCUAAGUUUGAAGAAUCCCAGCGAUUAAGGGAAGUGGACCCUGAACCUGAGCCAGACAUUCCAGCUCCCGAGCCGGAGAUUAUUGGGGAAUUUGUUCCAUCUUCAUCCUCCGAGGCUUUGCAAGAGGCAUUCGAAGCUGGGGAGGAAGGUACUUGGGCUUUGCUAGCGAGCAAAAAGGACAAGAAGGCCAAGAAGAACAAGAAAGAGUCACAGCAAGCUGCUCCAGAAGUCGACGAACCUUCACUGGAACCCUCCCACGACAAAGAGAUCGAGCCACCUGACCGAACAACUACUCCUGGUGGAUCCAAGAUCGCUAACUUAUUUCCCGACCUCGAGCGUGCGGGGUUUCGGCGGUCAGCUUUGGAGAAGCAAACACCGUCGUUAAAAGAUAGUGCUGAGGAUGAGACAAUAGCAAAAUUGGAAGCGAAUCGCGAUAUCGCGAUCCCUGUCUCGGAAGCACCCCUAGCGACCAUUGAACCCAAAGAAAUUGCCGAUGAUUUUACAUCUGGGCUGCCAAGCAGUCUCGAAAGACAAAUCGAGUCUACAAUAUCGGAGCUAACAGCUCAGUCCGAGACUCAUACUCAUACGGAAGCUGAAUCAAUUAGGGAGCCCAAUCUUCCGACGCAUGGCAAAAGGUCCUUAGAUGCGCCAUUGUCAUUGUCAACGGAACUCUCCAAUGAGCGGACUCGUACUGAGGAACCUUCUUCUCCUACGCGUUUCCCACCCCGGGAAGCUGGAGAGGAACUAUGUGAACUACGCCGAUCACCAUCAAUCCAUGGACGACAUCAGUCGACUCCCAGAACUUGGAGUUUGGACGAACCCUCUCUACCAGCUCUUGCCCCAUCGCCUCCUCGAUCGCUCUUCGGACCAACUGAUUAUGUGCGACCCCGAACUCCGCUUGAUACAAUUGUGGAACAAGAACCCCGGGAUGGACAGGGAUCCAUAGCUCGCGGGACUCCCCGCCUGGAGAUGAAGCCCGAACAUGUCUUACCUCGACCUCAGACACCAGUCCGGAAAUUUACGGACAAUGCCUUUGACCGAGAAGCUUGGCCUACAGAGAACAAAGAGAAUUUCAAAGAGAUUCAAAAGACACCUGAAGAUCCAAUUCUGAAGCCAAGUACCAGCAGUGGAAAAUUGCGUCGUGUAAAUCGCAGUCUUAGUGGCGAUCUGCGGGCGGCUAGUCGAGCACUAGAUUCCCAGCCUUCGAAUCUCGAUCUCGAUCAGCUCCCGUCUUCCUCCUCUUACGACCCCGUCACCGACAAGGGCAAACGUCCGCUGCGAAAUAUGUCGGACGUCUAUGAGGGAUGGGGUGAGACACCCAAUUCCCCACGGUCGCCCAGUCGACCGCCUAGUGUCCGCCGCCGUCGCAGUAUGCAACACUUGCAAGACAUCGAAACCCGCCUCGACCAGCUCAUAUCUGAAAACCGCCUCCUGAUCGCCGCCCGCGAUGAAGCCGAACAGAAGCUCCGGAAUUCCAGCGUCGCUCGUCGAAAGAGCGACCGUGCGCUCAACUCUCGCGACGGCGAUCUGCGCGAUCGGGAAUCGGAGGUGGAACAAUUGAAAAACUCGGUGGAAUGGCUACAGAAGGAGACGACCCGUCUGACCCAAGAGAACGAGAGUUUGACCGCGUCCAACUCUGCUCUCGCCGCCGCCCACGCAGCCGAAGUCACCACCGUGCGCGAGUCGUCUACACGCGAGCUUGCCGACUUGCGGUUACAACACACUCAACUCUCAUCCCAGGUGGAGGAUCGUGUUCGACAAGAGAUCGAGUCGGCUCUUGCGCAAAAAGAUAUCGAAUUGCGCCGUCUGCGUACCGAACUUGAGGAGGCUCGUGAUAAGGUGAAAGAGCUCCAACAACAAAUCGCGGCCUCGGUACAUGACAAUGCCCUUGUCUUCCGUGAUGAAGAGUACUUCGAUGCUGCCUGCCAGAAGCUGUGUGGCCAUGUUCAAUCCUGGGUUGUGCGCUUUUCUAAGCACAAUGAUAAGCGUCGCUGCCGCCUACUCAGUGAGUUGCAGGACGAAAAGAUCGCAGAUCGUUUCGACAAUGCCCUCCUCGACGGCUCCGAUCCCGAUGCCUACCUAUCUGAUCGUGUCCGCCGCCGCGAUGUCUUCAUGUCAGUAGUCAUGACGAUGGUCUGGGAAUACAUCUUCACCCGUUAUCUCUUCGGCAUGGACCGGGAGCAGCGUCAAAAGCUCAAGUCUCUUGAAAAACAAUUGGGCGAGGUUGGCCCAACCCGUGCUGUGCAUCGCUGGCGAGCCACCACUCUCACACUGCUGUCCCGGCGACCAGCAUUUGCUGCGCAACGUGAGAGCGAUACAGAGGCUGUUACUCUGGAGAUAUUCCAAACCCUAUCGCAGGUCCUCCCUCCUCCGUCUCAUGUUGAAUCCCAGCUCCUGGAUAACCUCCGUAAGAUCAUGCGGGUUGCAGUCAGUCUAUCCUUGGAGAUGCGCACCCAGCUCGCUGAAUUCAUCAUGCUACCGCCUUUGCAGCCUGAAUAUGAUACCAAUGGCGACCUUUCACGCCAAGUGUACUUCAACGCGGCUCUGAUGAAUGAGCGCAGCGGUCUGACAAACGACAACAGCGAGCUCGAAGCGCAACAGGCCAUUGUGCGUAUCGUGCUCUUCCCUCUCGUUGUCAAAAAGGGUAAUGAUGUGGGUGAGGGUGAUGACGAGGAGGUCGUCUGCCCCGCCCAGGUCCUCAUUGCCCGCCCUAGCAAAGACAAGAAAGUAUCAAAGAUGAUGAGCGGCGAUCGCAUGUCUAUCGAUGCUUCCAAAUCGGUCCACAGCAUCGCUCACAGUGUGGCACCGUCAUCUAUGAUGGACAUGAGCAAUGUGAUCUGA